AGUCGCCACCUCUGUGUUUAUCUAGGCAACAAUAAACUUCCGGUUAAUCCGCACACUUGAAAAAAAGCGACAAAACAUGUCAGCUAAAGGAAUUAAGACAACAAAAAAUCUUUAUGACCCUCUAGCGUGUCUAGAGAGAAUUCUUAACAAAUCAACACUAUCGACACAAAGAGUAACACACGGGAAUAUCAUAGAGCUUGGUGAUCAGUUGCUGAAUUCCAAAGCGGAUGAUUCCAAGGAACAACAACUGCGUGAGUUGGAGGAAGCUGUGGAGAAGGCAGAGGCUCGAGGAACAAAGGAACUUAAGGCUGCCCUCAAACGACUCAGAAAUGAGAAAGAUGAGGAGAAAAAGCGAGCCCUUCAAAAACAAAAAGAGUACUAUGAACGCUUGGCAGCAAGAGUAGAGACUCAAAGGGAUGAAGCAGAGGAGGAAAGAAUCCGAGAAUUGACAAAAAAACUGGAGAACGAGAAAAAGAAAGCUCUUGAGGAACAAUGGGAGGAAUGUGAGAGGAUAAAAAAAGAGGCAAUAGAGGAGGCCUGUAUAGCUUUAACGAAGAAACUUAGGAACGAGUUUGUCCUAGAGAAGGAGAAAGCUGUUGCUGAGGCCCUCAAGAUACAGAAGGAAAAGUUUUUGAAAAGAGAAAAGGAGUCCAUAGAGAGAACUAGGAGGGAGUGUGAAGAAAAGGCUCGUCUCGAGGCGGAGAGAGUGGCAAAGCUUCACCAAGAGGAGAUAGAGAAAUGGACUCAAAGGUAUUUGGAUAUGGAGAGGCGAUAUAAACAAGAAACCGAGAGAAGGCGGGCAGUCACAGCUGACUUCAAGGAACUGCAGGAUGAUUAUAGGAGAUUUAUGGAUUACACUGAUGGAAAAUUCCACUCGGAUUACAUGAUGCAUCUCAGGUACAUGGGAAUGAGAUUGGCUGGAAAGCGUGUUAGUGAUGUGUCGAGUACUGUAUCAUAUGAAGAUAUAUUCAAACUCUCCUGAUCCCAGAGGUUUUUCAGUGUGAGAAAUACAAAAUCAUGUCACUUAAUGCUGGCUAGCUGUACUAAUAUCAACAUCCUCUGGAGUCAUGAAAAAAAAUAAAUCAUCAUUAUGGAUUUAACAGCUCUGAAAAGUACAAGCUGUUAAGUAUCCCACCUACCAUGAUGAUGUAGCCAUGGUUGCUGAAAAUGUCUGCUGCAGUAACAGCAAAUCAGAUAACUGCCGUUAACUUUGUUCAUUGAGUGGCAGAUAUUGUCAUUUCAAAUUCAAUACAGUGGUUGUAUUUUCCUUUUACUUAUUAUGAAAGAAACAUUAGAGGAAGGUAAAUCUAGCAGAGGCUAAGUAUUUAAACAAUGCAUAUAUACUGGUAGUUUAAAAUUAAUGUGCCUAAUGAUGCAACUUCAAAUAUAUUUUUCUAGACAAGACAAGGCAAGAGAUUAACUUCCUGUGCAAUAUAUCAGUAUGUUUAGGCUGUUUUAAUAACAACCACAAAAAGUAUGAACUGCAAUAUAAUGCAGCUUAAAGGGUGGGAGGUACACUGUAUGAGGACAUGUGUCACUCAAUUUAACACAAUGAAAAAUGUCUACAGGUAUCUACCAUCAAUAUCAUCUAUUAUCAAUAUAUUUUAAUGUGCAUCAAAGUUUUUGGGUGAUGGGAACACUUUGGUAUUUGAGUGUCCUGCAUGUUUUGGGUGUGCUCUGUGGUAAAGGUGUUGUAUUGUUCAGACUGACCUUUUUUUACGAGUUGAAUUUUGUUUAUUGUUUUUGUCAUAAUGGUGCUGUUUUACAUUUUUUUGGUGGUUAUUGUAUUAUUCUGUUGUAUUUUGAUGUACAUAAACUUUAUUUGGCUUUAACCAUGAAAUCAUUUCUAAAUUUUACUCAGAGUGGUGUAGCUGGUAUGCCCGAGAGGAGUUGUGCUAGGUUAGUGGUGUUGAUGGUGUGUAGUGGUUUGACAGCUAAACAAAAUUGAAAAAUCAAAACAUAAGACACUAAUAUCAUAUAAAAAGAGCUGUUUUAUGCUUUUAAUUAGAUUUCUAUAUUCAAUGAAAAUUUUAUAAGUACAUGUAUACAGUUUAUGUUGACUUGAAAUUACAUUAGAAACUGGAAUCUGAUAUUGUUUAUGCCAAAAUAUAUAGCAUAUAAGGGACCCCUGGACACCCCCCCCCCCCACUUUUUUUUACCUCAGAUUUAAAUUGUUAGGAGCAUUCUUUGAGAAAGGAAAAUAAUAAGAGUUGACAAGAUGAAAGGAAGGGAGAAGAAGGGGAAAGGGGGAAUGGACAGAUGGGAUAGGGGAAGGAAGAGGCAGACCCCCUGUCCAACCACCAGGACUAUGUUGUUAACUUUUCCACCAUGGGUACUGCGUGACUAUAAUACACAAUUCAAAGUUUGAAGAGGCUUCUAUCUUUUUUAAAUUACAAAGCUUGACAAAUGGAAAAGUUAUUGUAAACUGCUGGUCCAAAAGUUUUGUCCACCCCAAAUUUCUUCAGACUGGUAGGAAAUGACUACAUUUCAUUGUUUGGACUAGUAGUAAUUUAAGUGACUACAUUCCAUUGUUUGGACUAGUAGGAAGUAACUACAUUUAAUUGUCUGGACUGGUAGGAUUAGUGACUACAUUUAAUUGUUUGGACUGGUAGGAAGUGACUACAAUAUCAAUUGUUUGGACUGGUAGGAUUAGUGACUACAUUUAAUUGUCUGGACUGGUAGGAAGUGACUACAUUUAAUUGUCUGGACUGGUAGGAAGUGACUACAUUCCAUUGCUUGGACUGGUAGGAAGUAACUACAUUUAAUUGUCUGGACUGGUAGGAAGUGACUACAAUAUCAAUUGUUUGGACUGGUAGGAAGUGACUACAUUCCAUGGUUUAGACUGGUAGGAAGUGACUAUACUUUCCAUUGUUUGGACUGGUAGGAAGUGACUACAUUUAAUUGUGUGGACUGGUAGGAAGUGACUACAUUUAAUUGUGUGGACUGGUAGGAAGUAACUACAUUUUAUUGUCUGGACUGGUAGGAAGUGACUACAUUUUAAAAUUGUUUGGACAGGUAUAUAGGAUUAGUGAUGGUGCAUUUCACUGUUUAGACAGGUAAAUUUAUGCAAAUGUCUGGCAUGCAAGGAUCAGAUUUCAAAAACUCUGAAAUGGACAGAUAAAUUCCAGAUUAAUUGAAAAUUUGUGCUGUAUUAAUUUUUGUUUUAAAAUUUUGAUGUGAGUGUUAGUGUGAAUAUGUGUAGAACAAAUAAUUUCAAACAUGUGCAUAAAAUUACUUGUGUAUUUAGCAAUUGUGAUUGUAUUUGACAAGUUUAUUGUGAUAACGGUUUUAGUUUAUAGUUUUUAUUUCCAAACUGAUUACUUGUAGAUCAAAUACGAGAUAUUUCCAAGUCGUUCAGUUAAUUGUCAAAUGGCUCUGUUAUGCAGUAUGUCAUGUGAACAAACUUCCUGUAAGUGUUAUCAAUAUGCAUUGAAUAUUUCAUGAAUAUGAUACAGUUUUUCAAAUACAUGUAUAUUGUAGACUUGUAUCGACAAAGCUUUUAUUGUAACUUUUAUUUUAAUUUGUAUAUUGCCUAGUCAUUUAGAAAAAAAUCUUUGAUGUACAUACACACUAGUCAUAUUCAUUUACUCAAUGUUACAUUUCAGUAUGGACUACGUGAAUGUAUCUGCACGAUAUUAUAUGUAGAGUAUAGUUUCCAAAGUACAUGUAUGUGCUUAUCAAAACAUGUUAAAAACUUUGUAGGAAGGUUUUUGUACAGGUAUUAUUCUUUCCAAACGUAAUGUAUGAUUAACAAAUUUAGUUUUAGUUAUUUAUUUAUAUUUAUUGCUAUUAAUAUUGACCUUUUAGAAAAGGUAUUCGUACGUAUACUUAUUUCCUUCAAUGUAAAUUUUCAAAAAUGAUAAUAAAUGUCUGAACAGUGAUGUUGUGGCAAGGAA